GGUAAACUCGUUGGGAGGGCGUGUCAUGGUCUCAGUGGGACUACAUGAUGACAGCUCAUUGAGGGAAACCAAUAGUAAGAUGCUUGAACUCUAGUGAUUUGGCCUGGCUUCUUACCUACCUCUAUAAAUACCAUAACACAUCACAAGCUUAGAGAACUGUGAGACCAGUCGACUGUAUAGUGAAGUUCAAGUGUCACCUGAUCCUGUGAGUCAUGGAUGCUGAACAGCUGAUUGAAUCCCUCAUCAGAGGACUCAUGUGUUUGGCAGGGAUUCUGGGAAACAACAUGCUGGCUAUACGCUCCCUGCCUGGGAAGAAAUCUGGCAUCCGCACCAACGAGCUCCUUUUCAUCAACCUGGCCGUUUCCAACCUCAUCACCAACUACCUGGUGGACCUCCCUGACACCAUAGCAGAUUUCGCUGGACGUUGGAUCUUUGGGGAAACAUUCUGCAAAGUGUUUAGUUUUUGUGCAAACCUCUCGGAAACCAGCAGCAUCUUGACGACCUUCUUCAUCAGCGUUUUCUGGCACCAGAAGCUGGUGGGCUCCCUGAAACGUGGAGGGGCCCCUGUGAAGCUGGACAACCUCUUCUUGGUGGGCUGUCUGAUGGCCGGGAGCUGGACGGUGGCUGUGGCCUUCAACGUGCCACACUAUAUGUACGUCGGAUUGGUGAGAGGCAAUGACAGCCACUUAGACUGCGAGGAUAUGUUUCCUGAAGCAACAGCCGCACAAAUCUACGAAAUCUUCUAUCUCACCCUGGCUAAUGCUCUCCCUAUUGCUGGUAUUGUAUGUACCUGUGUACAGAUUGUCAUCACUUUGUUUCAAAACCAGCUCCGCGUACAAGGUAAUGACUCUGAAGCUACGAAGGCGAUAGCGGAGGAUAAACAUAAAAGUGUUGAAAAGAUUAACGAUGACAGAUCAGUCGGCACUAUUUCUGUUGGAGGCAACACAAAAGAUCCCAAAGACUCUCCAACACUCGUUUACACAGGCGUGCCUCCUUCUGGUCCAAAUGGAGACCUGACGGGUCACAGCAGCCCCAUAAAGGAAACAAACACAGACAGCAGUGAUGGACCUCCACCAAAGGUCUCAAAGGCCAGCAAGAUGGCAGCUAAGCCCAGUAACUCUCCAAGCGCUCAGGUGAGGGCAGCCAAGAGCGUGGUGGCUGUAGCCAGCGUGUUCGUGGUCUGCUGGGUGACUCAUCUGCUGCUCCGCAUCACCAACAACAUCCACACAUCGCCCAUAGUGAAGGAGGUGGCAAGCUAUAUAGCAGCCUCCUACACCUGCAUCAUCCCCUACAUAUUCCUGUACGGAGUGAAAAAACUGUCUUGCUCAUGCACAAGGUAGAAAUGUGUAUAACGCAGACAGAGGAAAUGAUCAGAUUUGAUCAUUUAAAACACCCUUUAGCUGUUGAGGAAACAAAAUAGAUGGGGAUAAACAGGGUAAAGUGCAAAUGUUCUAGCCAAUUGGUAGCUAAUCUCCUUUUUUUCCUUCAGUAUACUUUAGAUCUGAAAUGCUUAGCAGUAUAGUCAUUUCUUUGAGAAAAAUGACAGCAACUAAAUCAUUUGUUAAGUCAAAUACCAAACAUUCCCUAGUUUCGGUUCUUCAGAGAUAAGGAUUUGCUGCUUUGCGUUCUCUUAUGUGAUGGUUAAGUGGAUAUUCAGGGUUUGGACUGUUGUUCAGACAUAAAGACAUCACAAUGCAAAAUGUUGGUAGUGAAGAUUAGAAAAUAUAAUAUUGCUGCUCACUGCAGUUUACAAGAGAACAUAUCAUUCAUGUAUUCUAGCUACCUGUUGUGCCCAGAGAUGCAUGAAGACAUUAUACAAAUGUAAAGUUCCUCACGGAUGACAUUUCUUUCCAAUCUGGCUGAUGUACGCAAUAUUUUGGCUCUUGUAUUUGUGUACUGACUGUUAUUAAGAUAUAUCAACCCACUAUCAGGUAAAAAUGAUUUUGUUUUUUCAUGAGGCUACAAAUUGUGCACUUGAGUGUAAAGCUAAUUGGAGAAAGAAGGAAAACACUGCACUGUUGGUGAUGACAGUAAGAAGUCCUGAGUGCCCAUUGCAAUUAAAGAUAAUUGUGUGAACACAAACAGUGACACCAUUAAGUCUAAUAUUGCACUCCCUCUGCAGAGUCACAUAAUAAACCCAAAGCAAUGAAAUCCUCCUUUCUGCAGCUAAUUGUUCGUAAUGUUUAGUUUUCCUAGUGUUUUCAAAACAUCCACAAAAACCAUGACAAGUUUCAUUUCUUUAUAAAAAAUGUUUUAUGUUUUUUUUCAAAGAUUUCGGUGUAGCACUGUGAUCUGCACCGGGAUAAAAACUUGCUCUACAUUCAAAACAAUCACUUAAAUCAGCCAAAAAGACAAAAUGUAAAUGAUACACAUGGAAAAAAAAUGUUGAGUUGUUUGAAUGACCUUUGGCAGAAGAGACGACAUUGUGGCCAAGUUAUGUACAUAAUUACAACAUCCAUCACUUUGUUUGGAGGUAACGUAGAAAAAUCUGAAUGACUCCCCUGUGAUCAAAAGACUUAGGUCAGGUAUCUUUACAUAGGGUAGUCAUACGAUAUCAAAAAUUCAUUAUCAAUAACUGCUUUUUCAAUACAUGAAAACCCAAAUAUCUUGUCAAUUUAGACAUCCAUAUUUUAGACCUAGCUAUUUGAACACAAUGCAGAUAACCAAGUUGUAUUUCAGCAUAAUGUUUAGACUUAGAACAAAAUGUAUUAAAUAAGUUAUAAAACUU